AUGAUGAAGCCGAUCGCUGCAUUCCUUUUACUGGGCUCGCCAGCGAUGGCCCAGAUUAUCAAAGAGGACUGGACAGGGCCCAUGGCUAUCCUUGGCGGAUCCAUUCCUUAUGGACUUGAGGGCCGCUCAGCCGACGUUGUAAAAGAUGCCGUCACCCGCCCCAACACAACGAAUUCACAAGAGUUCUCUUUGCUUUUCGACAAGACGGACACUGACUGGACAUGGCGCAUUAACGUCACCGAUAUCGCGCUUCCCCAUCUAGAGGGCCAAUUAGAGGGUGACCUUGAGAGCAUUGUCAAUCCUCAUCUCAUCAGUAUAUCCUACGACUUUGAAUGGCCUGGGGGUGGUAAUAUGUCUCAAGCAAUGGGAGACUUCACAGGUUCCUUUUGCGUCACUUCAAUCGUGAGCCCCAUAUCCCCAUACGGCGACAAUGGCCUUCCGACUACAGAUGGAGGCAACGGCAACGGUUGCGAGUCGGUCUUGGGGCCAGAUUGCGUUAAAGCAAUCCUUAAAGGGUCAAACAGCAAAUCUUCGAACGAAUGUGUGGAUCCGAGCUUGGAGUGGCACCGUAUCCCCGAGUGCAACAGCGCGUUGGACUUGCAACUUUAUUCAAUGUCCACUUUCGAUGUUCACGGGAAAAUCGAUGGCAGCUUCUACACCGCACUCCGAGACGGCAGCGCCAACACUACACGCUACAGUGGUAGCGGCUUCUACGGACGUAGCACCGGUGUCGUAAAUGGAUCGGAGGCACCUGGAAUGUACGCCGAGUUUUAUGACCAGCUUCAUGUCAUGAUGGUUGGUUAUGCCCACGAAGGUAAGAAUAAUACACAGCUUCUUUGCAUGCGGCCGAAUGGGACAACGUCUUCUGAUGAAGAGCCCACGCCUACGGGAACCUCCACUGGGACCACGGCGGGCCCAGCAAGCCCAACCGGCACGUCUGCUGCCCUUUACUCUACUCGGAUGAGUUGGAGUGUAGUUGGUAUAUCUGGUGCUGUGUUUUUGGCCAUGGUUAUCUGA